GCCCCGCCAGCUCCUCCUCCUCGCCGUGGGCGGGCCGGCCGGCGGGCCGGGGAGGGCGUCGGGGCUGCUCUUCCUGCCAGGCGGGCUCCGGAGCAGGCUACUUGGGCAUCUUCGGAUCUCUUAGAAAAUGGCAAACGCGGUCUUGAUAGAUCUGAAGAGUGAAAGAGAAGCCCCUUGGGAAGGCUGGACCCCAGAAUCCGUGAUCAGGAUGCUAGAAAUGCUUUGGAAGGACAACGGCAGCCAGGAUCCGUGGGUUUGCAUUAUGUGCUGCCAGAGCCUCCCCAGUGAAAGGAGCGGAGAAGACGUGUCGCACGCAGCAGUGCAGGGCUUCCACUGCCCGGAGCAAGGCUUUGAGGUCGUGUGCGCACGGAGCACUGUUGCUGCCUUGUACGCCGUUAAACAAAAGCUUGACGAAAAAGACAUAAACCGGGUUCAGGUGCUCUCGCCGCCACAUCGGAAAGCCUUCAUGAGAGCAUUUGUUGACCAGCUCUUUACGAGUGUUUAUAAGUUUGAGUUUAAUGACUUACCAUUGCCUUUGGAAGCAGGCAGCCUCAGGCAGUCCCCAGGACCUCCGAAGGAAUUUCUGCCACCUCUUACAGGCCAAGAUGUGGGAAGGAUCCAAAGGGAGAUCAAAAUGUACUUGGAAACUCUUCCCGCUCUGAAGGGGGAACUCAGAAUUCUCAGAUCUGAGCGGAUUCCAGAUGAUCUCUUCCUGCAUGGGUUCACUACAAGAGCAGGCGGCAUCUCCUAUAUCCCAACUCUGAGCGCCUUCAACCUCUUCAGUAGUUCCAAGAGGCGCGACCCUCCAGUUGUGGUGCAGGAGAACCUUCGAAGACUUGCUGUCGCUGCUGGAUUCGACCCACAGACCUAUCAUAGCAUUAAGGUCAACCACGCCAGUGACGUUUGGGUCAUGGGAAAGGCGCAGCCGGAGAGCUAUGAUGGGAUCGUAACGAACCAGACAGGGGUGGUCAUCGCAGCUCCUGGAGCUGACUGCAUCCCGGUGCUUUUCGCAGAUCCUGUCAGAAAAGCCUGCGGCGCUGCUCAUUCAGGUUGGCAAGGCACGUUGCUUGGUGUGUCCAUGGCUACUGUGAACGCCAUGGCGACGGAAUACGGCUGUCGCGUGGAAGAUAUACUCGUCGUAUUAGGGCCAUCGGUUGGACCUUGUUGCUUUACGCUACCUCAAGAAUCGGCAGAGCAAUUUCAUAGGAUCGAUCCAAAAUGUGUAAGGCAUUUGGAAUCCUCCAGACCCUCCGUUGACAUCAGAAGAGCAACACGAGCUCUUCUGGAAGCCGGAGGAAUUCUGCCUCAGAACAUUCAAGACGAUUCCGUGAUGGACCCAAGCCAAAACUUCACGCUCUGUACCGCCUGCCACCCUGAGCAGUUCUACUCUCACAUACGUGACGGUGAAAACUUUGGGACACAGAUUGGCUUCAUAGCCAUUAAAGACUGACUUUUCUGA